AUGUCUGGUCAGGGCCAAGGGCAGCUGCCUGCCAACCUCUCCAAAGAACAGGUUGGGCAGAUCUUCCAGCGUUACCAGCAGAUGAAGGCGGCAGGUGUUCCCGACACCAACCCUGACCUUAUCAAAGCGCGCAACCUUCUCGCUAUGGUUCAGAAGCGCAACCAGUAUCUCGCGCAGCAAUCGCAGAUGAUGAAACAACAACACCAGCGACAACAGAGCCUCUCCGAACAGCAAAAUGGGCAACAGAAUGGUGCUGUUGUGGCCAUGAACGGCGCCAAGCUAGCCGAUGGCUCAUCCGCUACACCCUCCUCGAGUGGUCCCUCUGCUGGCGCACAAUCCGCCGUUGCUGGCGGACAAGGUCCUUCCGCAGAUGGUCAAACACCCACUUCAGCCACAAGUGGAGGUAACGGCAGUUUCACAAAGGAACAGCUGUUUAUGCUCAGGAGCCAGAUCUCAGCGUUCAAGCAUCUCUCGAAAGGCUUGCCGUUACCUGCUAACAUGCAGCAAAUGUUCAGCAACCAGCAAGCGAAGAAACCCCAAAGCACUGCCGAUGCUGUCGCUGCUGCUUCACAGGUUCUGGAUAGCGCCACACGCGCAACGAGCGCAUCUGUUGCACCCAGCGGCGCCGUUUCGGAGCUUAGGAAUCUUCCUCGUCUACCAGACACAUUCAUCGAGCCUUGGAACAGUGAAGCAUUUCGCGACGUCAACUACAUCUCGCACACUCAGCGCAAGAACCGACCCUACCUCGCCACGAUCAUGCCACAGGGCGUUGACAUCGAUGCUGUACAACAGGGCAUGCAGGAGCUGCGCAAAGAACGCGAGGUCAUCUUGUAUAACCGGAUCACCGCGCGCAAAGCCGAGCUGGAAAAGUUCAACGCAAACGUCGGUUCCUGGGACACAAGUAAGACAGAUACGCCUGAAGACGACGGCAAAGUAAAGCUGGCGCUUGUUAUCGAGCAGAAGAAGCUCAACUUGUUGGAGAAGCAGCGCAAACUACGGAGAGAAAUCGCCCAGCAGAUGAUCCAUGCGGACAACCUCGCCAUGACCGCCAACCGAACCGUUUACCGUAGGCUGAAGAAGCAGUCGAUGCGCGAAGCUCGCCUUACUGAGAAGCUGGAGAAGCAGCAGCGCGAUGCUCGUGAGACAAAGGAGAAGAAGAAGCACCACGAAUUCAUUGAUGCUAUUAGGAAGCAUCGCACUGAAUUGCACGAAGCUGGUGCAGCCCAACGACAACGCCUGCAGAAGCUCGGCCGCAUCAUGAUCACCACCCACCAGAACAUCGAGAAGGAAGAACAGAAACGUGUGGAGCGAACUGCCAAGCAGCGUCUGCAGGCCCUGAAGGCCAACGACGAAGAGACCUACCUCAAGCUUCUGGGUCAAGCCAAGGACACACGUAUUUCUCAUCUGCUGAAACAGACCGACGGUUUCUUGAAGCAGCUUGCCGACAGUGUCAAGGCGCAACAACGAAACCACUCCGACCGUUACAAGCUCAACAACGCAGAAGACAUCUCGUCCGACGAAUCGGAAGACCAUGGCGACACAGAUGACGAGGUGCAGCCAGGCAAAAAGCGAACAGAUUACUACGAGAUCGCUCAUCGUAUCAAGGAGACUGUUACCGGGCAGGCCUCGUGCUUGGUUGGCGGUACACUGAAAGAGUACCAGAUCAAGGGUCUGCAAUGGAUGAUAUCGCUGUACAACAAUAACCUGAACGGCAUCCUUGCCGACGAAAUGGGUCUUGGAAAGACUAUCCAGACUAUCAGUUUGAUCACCUAUCUCAUUGAGAGGAAGCAACAGCCUGGGCCUUUCUUGGUCAUCGUUCCGCUGAGUACACUCACGAAUUGGACUAGCGAGUUCGAGAAGUGGGCACCCAGCGUCACGAAGAUCGUCUACAAAGGUCCACCAAACCAGCGAAAGCAGUUCCAGCAGCAGAUCCGUUGGGGCCAGUUCCAGGUCUUGCUCACCACUUACGAGUUUAUCAUCAAGGAUCGUCCGAUUCUGAGUAAGAUCAAGUGGGUACACAUGAUCGUCGAUGAGGGCCACCGCAUGAAGAACGCCAACUCGAAGCUGAGCAGUACGAUCACACAGUACUAUACCACUCGUUUCCGUCUCAUUCUUACUGGUACACCGCUCCAGAAUAACCUGACUGAGCUCUGGGCCAUGCUUAACUUCGUUCUUCCUACCAUCUUCAAGUCUGCCACGUCUUUUGACGAGUGGUUCAACACUCCGUUCGCCAACACCGGUGGUCAAGACAAGAUGGAGUUGACUGAAGAAGAGCAGUUGCUUGUCAUUCGCCGACUUCACAAGGUCCUUAGGCCCUUCCUUCUGCGUCGUCUCAAGAAGGAUGUCGAGAAGGAUCUUCCAGACAAGACCGAGCGGGUCAUCAAGUGCAACUUCUCCACACUACAGGCUAAGUUGUACAAGCAGCUCGUAACUCACAACAGGCUUAUGGUCAGUGACGGAAAGGGUGGCAAGACUGGAAUGCGCGGUUUGAGCAACAUGCUCAUGCAGUUGCGCAAGCUAUGUAACCACCCCUUCGUUUUCGAGGAGGUCGAAGAUCAGAUGAACCCUACUCGAGGCACAAACGACCUCUUGUGGCGCUCAGCAGGAAAGUUCGAGCUCCUGGACAGAGUCUUGCCUAAGUUCCAGGCUACCGGCCAUCGGGUCCUCAUGUUCUUCCAGAUGACGCAGAUCAUGAACAUCAUGGAGGAUUACCUGCGACUGCGAGGCAUGCAAUACAUGCGUUUGGAUGGUGCGACCAAGGCCGAUGAUCGGUCUGAUCUGCUCAAAGCUUUCAAUGCUCCCAACUCGCCUUACUUCUGCUUCCUGCUGUCUACACGUGCAGGUGGUCUCGGUCUCAACCUGCAGACGGCUGACACGGUCAUCAUCUACGACUCGGAUUGGAAUCCUCACCAGGAUUUGCAAGCUCAGGAUCGCGCUCAUCGUAUCGGUCAAAAGAACGAAGUCCGCAUUCUUCGUCUCAUCACCUCAAACUCGGUCGAAGAGAAGAUUCUCGAGCGAGCUAACUACAAGCUUGACAUGGACGGCAAGGUCAUUCAGGCUGGUAAGUUCGAUAACAAGUCUACAAAUGAGGAGCGUGACGCCAUGUUGCGAGUCAUGUUGGAGUCUGCCGAAGCUGCCGAGAGUCUUGAACAAGAAGAGAUGGAUGAUGAUGAUCUCAACUUGAUCAUGAUGCGAAACGAAGACGAGUUCAAGCUGUUCCAGGAGAUGGACAGGAAACGACUUGCGGAGGAUCCAUACGGUCCAGGCAAGCCUCUGCCACGUCUCAUUGGCGAGAGCGAACUCCCGGACAUCUACCUGAACGAAGAAGCCCCAGUUGUCGAAGAGGUCGCAGAUACACCUAUCGGUCGUGGAGCUCGUGAGCGCACACGUGUCAAGUAUGAUGAUGGUCUUACUGAAGAGCAAUGGCUCGAGGCUGUUGACAACGACGAGGACACGAUCGAAGCUGCAAUCGCCCGCAAGGAAGCUAAGAUUGCUAAGCGUGGCCGGAAGUCUGGCGUAAGGGAAGAGUCGCCUGCGCCUUCACGAGAGAGCUCAGAAGAGCCCAUACCCAAGAAGCGAGGCAGAAAGCCGAAGCAGCUUGAGAAGCGUAAGGCCGACGAAGCUUCUCUCGAUGGAGACGUCGCACCCCGCAAGCGUGGCCGUCCAGCACCAGCCAAAGACACACUCCGACCCGAGCAGCGAGCUUCGUUACAGAAGGUUGUCAAUAUUGUCUACGAAGCGCUUAAUGACCUCGAGGAAGAGUCGACCGACCCUGACAUUCCCAAUCGUGGCAUCAUCGAUCCCUUCAUCGAGCUGCCUGACAAAUGGGACUACCCCGAUUACUACCAACUGAUCAAGAACCCGAUCUGCAUGAACCAGGUCAAAAAGAAGAUCAAUAAGAAGGAGUACCAGUCGCUGAAGCAAUUCCGGCAAGACCUUGGCCUGCUGUGCAGCAACUGCCGUCUGUACAACGAGGACAGUAGUCUGCUGUACCAGGACGCCAACCUGAUUGAGCAGACAACGGUCGAUAAGCUCAAAGAGGCUACGCAGGAGUAUCCCGAGUGGCAGGACUUUGACGACGCGGCGUCAGGCACAGGUGGUUUGAGCACAGGCGUGACAAGUGCCGUCGGUACUCCGCGCGCGCUAUAG